UAUUUAGUUUCACACUCGACUUUCAACGGUGUUCUACGUGUCGCGCACGUCGUCGUGUGUUUUUUCAAAACAAGUUGUUGUGUUUUUACGGUUCCAAACAAAACAACAAACAAAAAGGCGCAAAUAUUCUUGUAAUGUAUUGUUAAUAUGAUGUGGAAAAUCAUUUAAAAUAUGAAUAUAAAAAGAAAAUAAUUAUCAAGUUCAUCAAAUAUUUGCUCCUUGAAGUCUUAAACUACAAAUUUAUCUAGACUCCAAUUUCAAAUAUGUAAAUCUUGUUGGCAUCGCAAAAAGGAAAAAAAAAACAGCCAAAGCUCUCUAUUUUCUUUACACCCUUUACAUCCAAUCCAAAGGAAUUCUGCUCACCUUUAGCCCCUAGUCCUGUGGCAAAAAUUGGCAAUAUCUACUACUCUAAUCCGGCCUGGCGUAACUAAUUAUGAGUGUAUCCAGUACUCUAACACUAAGUCGAGUUUCUUCAUUUGAAGAAAAUCAAUAUAAAUCUCACUGUGGUGGUGGUGGUGUAGGUUAUCAAAGUGGUCUCAACACCAACAGCCACCAUAAAAAUAAUCUCUCUGGCUCGGCGACAUUUUAUCAAUUUCCUGGAAUAGAAAGAUCGCCCUGUCAUCGUGACUACACUCUGAGUAAUAGCAAAACCGAACCCAUGCAUCUAAAGCUGGAUGAUGACCCAGCAUUAGAACGCCUGGAAUCGCCAACGCCAGCAAUAGCCAUUGCCGCCACACCUGCCACAAGUCUUCUAUUGCAUAAAAGCAACAGCUAUAAUGGCAUGUCGCUGAAACCCAAGUCCACCAUCAUAAAACAGGAUAGUUUUAAUGGACGCAUUAAUACCAGUCUAACCGACAGUGAUAGUGAAUACGGCAGUGCCAUACUUAUUGGCUGCAACAAUACAACACCCCUGGAGGGAAUGAUUCAUACUGCCGCCGCGUCUCUAUGUGCCAACGAAGAGGACUGUGACGAGCACGAUUCAUUUUUGAUUAGCAGCAAUGGCAUUGCCGAUGCCGCCGCAGCUGCAGCUGCCUCGACGAACUCCUCUUCUCCACCGCCAUUGUUAAGUGCAAAAAAUCGUCGUUCCACACACCGUGCAAAUAGUAAAACCCGCUCCUCAAUCUGCUAUCGCGCCAAUGCCUUUAUCUCCCGCAAUUGGUAUCUCAGCUAUUUGGUACCGCUUUCCAUACUCUUGGCCCUAAUGUUUGUGGCCUAUUUGACGCGGGACUAUGCGAAACGUCUGCUCUUUUGGAUUGAAACGCAAAAUCCUUGGGUAAUAUUUGCUGUAUUCAUGCUGCUGUUUGUUGUUGUUAGUUUUCCCAUUGUUGUUGGCUAUUUUGUACUGAUGAUAACGGCCGGUUACUUAUUCGGUUUGAUACGGGGCUUCCUAACUGUGAUAUUGGGUGCAAAUAUGGGUAUUGCCAUUGCUCAUCUAACCUUAAGGAGUCUAAAGCAUCGAUUGCCGGUGCAAAAAUUAAUAAAAAAUGAGACUGGACGCGCUAUACUGCGUGUAAUAUCUGGACCGAGAGCGUUUCGUGUUGUUCUAUUUACACGAUUAACGCCAAUACCAUUUGGUAUUCAAAAUGCUAUAUUUGGGGUUAGCACUAUUAACCCCAAAGUUUAUCAUACGGCAACAUUUCUGGGUCUGCUGCCAGCUCAAUUAAUCAACGUUUAUUUGGGUUCAACCCUUAGGUCAAUGCAUGAGGUACUAAAUAAUCAUGGGACAGCGAUAACUGGUUACAUUAGUUUUGGUGUUGAGGUUGUCUGUGGCAUAGCCUUGAUGUUUUGGGUGGUGCAAAAAGCGCGCAAAGAAUUGUCGGAAACUCUGCUCACCGAUAUUGGCAACGAUGGCAAACUAAUCGAUAUACAAGUGUAGCGCAAGCAAGACUGCUGCUAUAUUAGCAUAACUAUUAAUAUUAUUAAAAUUAUUGUUAUCUUUUAACAAAAAAAAACAGCAAAAAUUAAUUUAAAAAAAAAAUAUAUAUGUAAAAACAUUUUUAUGUAAAUCUAUAAAUUAUAACAUAUUUAUAAUAAUGAAAACAAAACUAAAACAUCACAUGUAUUUUUUUAAUGAAAAACAUUUGUUUUUGUUUAUAUUGUUUUCAAAUUGUUUUUUUGUUUAUUGGUUUUAAUUAAUUUUUCUUAUUUAAAUUAUACAAGCAUUUAUAUUUUAAAAUAUUAUUUUGUUUUUUCGCUAAAAACAAAAUAAUUGAAUAAAAAUCAAAUCUCAUAAUUAUGUAAAUAAUUUAGAAACCAUAAAUUAUGUUUUUUUAAAUAUAAAAUUUAUCUGUUUUGUACUAUUAAAUUUUUAUAGUUUUUUUUUAUAUUGUAUUAAGAUAAAUUGAUUUUAAUGUGAAACGUACACUGUUGCCAGAGGAUAUCGUGAUUCUUUAAAAGUCAAAGGAAAGUUUCUCAAAAAAAAUUAGAAAAUGGAUGAAAUCUUUAUUUGAUUUGAUAUUUAAUUAAUUUAAUGUUUGAAGAUUAUUCCAUGCAAAUGUUGACGGUGAUUGCGCCACAAAUGAUCCACCCGUUUUGUCUAAUUUUGGCAUUCGCUUUCCAACAUUUCGGCCGGUAUCUCACAAAGAAAACGCUUCAAUAUUGUCUUCCAAUGCGACUUCGUCUGUACGGGAUGAGAUAAAAAAAACUGCGCCAUAAUUUUUACAUUUUUUUUUUAAAUUUUAUUGAAUGAAAGCAAAAAAUGUCGGAAAUAGCAUCAAAUUUUUCAGUAAGCUUAGAUUCAUUCGAAUGGCCUUCAAACUGCCAAUGAAACCGUUAGACGCUGCCCGAAUGUUGCUCUGUGGUAAUUUCGUCCAUUUCCGGCGAAGCGCUUGCUUGAGUUGAUUAACACUUUGGUAUAUUUUAGUGCCAACCUUCCUUUUCAAAAUACUUCAGACACAAUAGUCCAACGGAUUGGUAUCCGGAGAUUUUGGUGGCCAUUGUGCUCUGGAAAUGAAGCGAGGAACCUCAUUUUGUAACCACUCUUGGGUGGCUCGUGCUGAGUGCGAUGGUGCUGAGUCCUGUUGGAAUGUCCAAGGUCUGCGGCCAAAAUGUUUGCGUGCACAAAGCUUUCAUACACCCUCCAGAAUAUUUUCGCGAUAAUAUUCGGGAUUUAUUCUGAUGCCACGGUCGAUUAAUACUAGCGGAGAGCGAUCAUCGUCUGUUAUGGCGGCCCACAUCAUCACCAUGGCUGGCGCUUGAGGUCUGGUGGCCAACCGAAGGUUCACAUUUUCAGCUGACCUCUUUGGCAAGUAAACACGAUCAUUUCUCAUCGGACAAAACCAAAUUCGGUAGUUCACCACUUUCGGCCAAGCGAAGCAAUUUCUGAUGUUGCUGUUUUCUUCCGUCCAUUUCCUUGAAGUCGGACUACGCUACCAGCGAUGGUACGAGUAACGAGCGAUGGCACGUCACAAUAGUCACAAUAGAUUUAUUCACAUUUUUUCAUCUCACCCUGUAGUCGGUAUUUUGAUGAUUUUAUCGAUAUUUUUGACCGGAAUUAUUUCAAAUUUCGCAUUUAAAGUUCGUAAUAGGUACUACAGCCUAUGACAAAAAAUCGCGCACACAGGUCAACGUCUUCGUAUAGCCCCAAUUUAAAGAUACCUCCCGAUAUUCGGUAUUUAAAUGAUUUUAGCGGUAUUAUUCAACAGAAUCGUUUCAAAUUUCGUAAUUGAAGUUCGUAGAGGGUACUACAGCCUCUGACAUACUGCAGCCGGUAUUUUGAUGAUUUGAGCGAAAUAAUUAACCGGAAUUGUUUCAAAUUUCGUAUUUAAAGUUCGUAAUGGGUACCACAAAGUAUGACAAAAAAGUGUGUGUGCAGGUUCUUGUCUUCGUAUAGCCCCCAUGUAACGAUACCUUCCUUUUUUCGGAACAUUUAAGCGACAUUAUUCACUGGAAUUGUUUCAAAUGUGGUAUUUGAAGUUCGUUAUGGAUACUACAGCCUAAGAAAGAAAACUGUCUGUGCAGGUCCACGUCUUCGUAUGGCCCAUAUAACGAUACCUCCCAAUAUUCGGAAUUUUAAUGAUUUUAACGACAUAUUUUACCAGAAUUGUUUAAUAUUUUAUAUUUUAAGUUCGUAAUGUAUACUGCAGCCGAAGACAAAAAAUUGUCUGUGCAGAUCCACGCCUUCGUAUAGCCCCCACAUAAUGGAACCUGUCAACAUUUGGUAUUUUGAUAUAUUAGCGAUAUUUUUUACCAGAAUUAUUUCAAAUUUCGUAAUUGAACUUCGUAAAGGAUACUGCAGCCUAUGACAAAAAAUUACUUAUGAAGGAACAGGUCUUCGUAUAGGCCUCUUGUAAGGUGGUAUUUAUCUACGAAUUUUUUUUUUUUUUAAUUUUCGAAAUGGUGGAGGGUAUUAAAGCUGCUUUUUUAGCAUUUCUCUAUAUUUCUUAUAGAAAUUGAAGCGGUUUAGUAAACUUUCCGAUUUCAGUGACCACUUCUCCAUACAACUUUUGUACCGUAAUCGAAAGGGAUUCGGAAUCAGAAUCGGAAAUUUUAAUAUAGAUUCCGACCGAAUUCGGAAUAAAAUCUUAGCUGGCAAGACAUGCCCAAUUUGUGUGUGCAAUUGUGUGCAAUAGUGCCUCUGACGAAACAUCUUUAUUUAUAAAUUAAUUAUUAUUUUAAUUAUUAAUUUUUCCUGUAUUAAAAAUUCAAAAAAGCAUUUUAGUAUUCUUCUCUUUUUUUAUUUGCUCGCCUUUCUUAAAACUGCACAUUUUUCGAAACCACUUAAAUCUUAUCCUGAGAAAACUGUACACCAAUCCCUAGCUGGAAAUGCCAAACCACUGUUUUUUUAUAAACCAAACACAAGCUGUGCCUCUUUUUCUGUAUAAAAAAAAAACUGUAACUCUAAAAAAAAAAAACAAAAACUACAAAACAAAAAACAACACUAAUCCUAAA